GUAGAAUAGUAGGAAGCACAGCUCUCUGACUUCUUUCCUCCUCACAGCACUUUUCCUCCUUCAUUUGUCCGGUGAACCGUGAACAUGGACGCAUACUUACCCACAUUCUUAUUACUGCUGCUGAACUUUUCCACAUACAGCGGGUUCCUGAUCAGACAUACAAGUAAAGGUGUGUGUCUGACAGUUCAAGGUGAAAAAAAUGUGGUUCUGAACAGUUGUGAUGUGAAGAACCCAUCUCAGGACUGGUACUGGACAGAAGACAGGAAGUUGAAACAUACUCAAUCUGCCAUGUGUUUAUGGGGGAACACCAAUUUGGAUGUGCCUUCUCAUGCCCGCCUGGUUAAAACAUGCCCCUGUAACUCUGCUCCUGCAUGGAAGUGUUAUGAUGAGUUCGGGACCUUUGGGCUGGAGAUGUUGCCUCUAUACCUGAAAAAACAGGGUGGUCGGGCAGUGGUCCGAUCUGAACCCAAACACUCCAACUGGACCCAGUACACGGAGCGCAAAUUGGAGCUGACACACCUCUGCUCCCAUACAGGUUCUUCAACAGCUGUUAAAAGCACAGGAGUGAUAACAACAGUGAAGAUCCCUGUUACAUCCAACAGCUUUGUUAGAACCAGAACCAAAAGGACUGGGACCACUGGUACCCUUAAUAAAGACAAACUGACCCAAACAAUUGAAUCGGGACUUCUUAACACAAAGAAACAGGAAGCCCUUUCUGUCACAGAGUUCACUUCUGAAACGAAAAAUGUGAUGAGUAAUAUUACGGCUGUGUCAGAUUUCCGACAGGACACACAUGAGAGCACGGCGACAGUCUCAGAGUUUACUGUUAAUCCCACUGAAAGGCACAAUAUGGUGACAUCACCUCCUGCAAAACAUGAAACCACACGCAUCACAUCUCCAACUGCAUCGAACUCAACCAACUCCUCCUCCAACUUUUCCUCCUCCACUGCUUCUGUCUUCUCAACAUCAAUAACUAACAAUUCAGCACAAAUGUUUUCAGCGGCCGAGAUUCAGACUGACAUCAAACCUGUCAAGCACAUGGCAACACAAUCACUUAUCACUGGAACUCGACACUUAGAAACGUCCAUAGUAGCAAUAAGCAAAACUCAGACCCCAAGCAUAAUUACUGCACGCACAACUGUGACCACAACUUCCCCCAAAGUGAACACAACUGCUCCACAAAUGACAUUUUCUGAGACUACAAUUACCCCUAGGGUGACUGAAGCACAGAAUGAAACCACUGUACCAUCUACUGCAGUUCCUACUUCAGCUACAACUAAACACAUAACUGCUGAUACUCAAACAACCAUGACUGCACCUGAACUCCAAACGACUACUACAUUUACAACUGCUCCUGUGGCUACAGCAGCAUCAACCACAACUGGGCAUGUACCUAAAACUAAUUCAAGAACAGUAUCUACACCCAGGCCUGUAAUUAUAACAACUGGAGCAACUGCAACAACUUGGAUUGCUACUGCAGCUACAACUACAACUGCACUUGGAACUGCUGCAACUCCAAAUACAACUACCCAUCUAACUGCUUUAGGUGCAACUAUGACUGUCCCUAUUGAUAUAGCUAGCAGAACAAAUAGACCAGCAACCAAUGCUCCCAGGUCCACCACAAUUACCCCUGCUAAUAAAGCAAGAAGGGUCACUACAGCUGUCCCUGAAAUUUCUGCAGCUCUGAAUACAACUCUUACUGCAAUUGGCACAAUAAAUACAGCUACUGAGGCAAUUACAUCUGUCCCAAUAAUUACAACCUCUGAGGCAACUACAACUGCCCCAAUAGCUACAACUAAUAAAACACUUAUAACUUCCCUAAUAACAACAGCUAAUAAGGCAACUACAUCUGCCCCUGUAACUACAUCUACUGAGUCAACUACAUCUGCCCCUGUAACCACAGCUACUGAGUCAACUACAUUUGCCCCUUUAACAACAGCUACUGAGCCGACUACAUCUGCCCCUGUAACUACAUCUACUGAGUCAACUACAUCUGCCCCUGUAACCACAGCUACUGAGUCAACUACAUUUGCCCCUUUAACAACAGCUACUGAGUCGACUACAUCUGCCCCUGUAACUACAUCUACUGAGUCAACUACAUCUGCCCCUGUAACCACAGCUACUGAGUCAACUACAUUUGCCCCUUUAACAACAGCUACUGAGUCGACUACAUCUGCCCCUGUAACUACAGCUACUGAGCUGUCUACAUCUGCCCCUGUAACCACAGCUACCGAGUCAACUACAUCUUCCUCUUUAACUACAGCUACUGAGUCAUCUACAUCUGCCCCUGUAACUACAGCUACUGAGUCAACUACAUUUGCCCCUUUAACUACAGCUACUGAGCCGGCUACAUCUGCCCCUGUAACCACAGCUACUAAGUCAACUACAUCUUCCUCUUUAACUACAGCUACUGAGCCGACUACACCUGCCCCUGUAACCACAGCUACUGAGUCAACUACAUCUUCCUCUUUAACUACAGCUACUGAGCCGACUACACCUGCCCCUGUAACCACAGCUACUGAGUCAACUACAUCUUCCUCUUUAACUACAGCUACUGAGCCGACUACACCUGCCCCUGUAACCACAGCUACUAAGUCAACUACAUCUUCCUCUUUAACCACAGCUACUGAGUCAACUACAUCUUCCCCUGUAACCACAGCUACUGAGUCAACUACAUCUUCCCCUUUAACUACAGCUACUGAGUCGACUACAUCUGCCCAUCUAACUACAGCUACUGAGUCAACUACAUCUGCCCAUCUAACUACAGCUACUGAGUCAACUACAUCUUCCCCUGUAACCACAGCUACUGAGUCAAUUACAUCUUCCCCUUUAACUACAGCUACUGAGUCGACUACAUCUGCCCAUCUAACUACAGCUACUGAGUCAACUACAUCUUCCCCUUUAACUACAGCUACUGAGUCAACUACAUCUUCCCCUUUAACUACAGCUACUGAGUCAACUACAUCUUCCCCUUUAACUACAGCUACUGAGUCGACUACAUCUGCCCAUCUAACUACAGCUACUGAGUCAACUACAUCUGCCCCUCUAACUACAGCUACUGAGUCAACGACAUCUGCCCCUGUAACAACAAUGACUAGAAUGGCAACUAGAGAAGCAGCUAUACCUGCUGGGAAUACUACUGAACCUCCAAUAACAACUACAACAGCUACCACUGUGAGCUCUACAAAAUUCACCACCUCCACCACCCUUCAGGUUGAAACCACAGAGGAAGCGGUCAGGUGUGUGGUGAACCAAACUGAAGCCAUCAUUAACACAUACUCCGGUGUAAUUAUGUUCAGAUCAGCAGGACCGUUCUGUUUUUUCACUCUGGUCAACCAUGAGACCGGAUCUCAGUUAACCAACUGCUCUCAGAUCCAAACCUACAGCAACAGAUUUACCUGUGAGGUAUCAAAUCUGAAACCUGGCACUGUUUAUCAUUUUGGAAUAAUUUCCCAAACUGAUGGAGAGCAGUUCAACAUUUCACUUCAGACUGCUCCAUCAGCAGUAAGCAGUCUCAGUGUUUCCGCCUCUUACACCAACAUCAGUGUUUCCUGGCAGCCAGGGCCUGGACAAAGAGAGGCAUUCUGGGUAACGUUGAGUCAUGAAGAUGCACUGAUCCGUAACCUGACGUUUAAAAGCACGGUGACAUCAUGCACUCUGGACGGCCUCAGACCAGGGGCACUGUAUACGGUCACUGUGAUAACAGAAGCAUUCAGGAAGCAACAAAAUGUAACAAAAGACAUUCGGACAGUUCCUGCUCCUGUAACCGAGCUAAAACUGGAGAACAACGGCAGUGAGGACUCAUUAAUCACCUCAUGGACUCCUGCAGAAGGAGAAGUGGAUAAAUACCUGAUCUCCUUAACUUCAUCUUCCUCAUCCACUGAAAAGAUCCCACUGGUCCAACUCCUCCCCAACAAAUCCCAUUGGCUCUUCAGGGGUCUGACACCUGGACGGGCCUAUCAGGUGUCAGUGAGGACUAAGAGUGGGGAACUCAGCACUGAAGCUACAGCUGCAGGUAGAACAGUUCCUGCGAGGCCAAUGUGGUGUAGGUUAUUGCCUCUUAGUGACCCUGUAUCUCUUAGGCUGUCCUGGUCCCCAACUGUAGGACAGUGGGAAUAUUACAAUGUGCAGCUACUCAGUGCCUCAUUUGUGAUAAUGAAUCAAAUUGUAGACAGAGCAGCAAAGGAUUUUCUGUUCACCAACAGAACCCUUCUGCCUGGGAGAUUGUACAGUGCCAGGAUCACUGUGUUCAGCGGUUCUUUAAGCAACACGCAGUCCUGCCAAGCAAGAAUUGCCCCUGGCCGUGUUCAGAAGCUUCAUGUCCAUCAUAGUAACGAGUCAUCGGUGUGUGUUCAGUGGCGCUCCCCUCUGGGAGAGUGGGAGAAAUAUUCUGUCUCUCUGACAGAUGUAGGAGGGGGACGAGUGAAGAAAAGACAGACACUAAGCAGAGAUAUAAAUGAGUUCAGCUUUCAUGACCUCACACCUGGAAGAGAGUAUAAUAUCACUGUGGUAACACACAGUGGAGACCUGAACAGCUCCAUCUCCAUCACCACCCAGACCAUUCCAGCUGCUGUCACACAGCUAAAUGUCGAUAAUGAGGGUACAACUGAUUCUCUGCGUGUGAGCUGGACAAAAGCGGAAGGAGAUGUUGACUUGUACCGCAUGCUGCUUAUCCAGAACAGCAUUGUGAUCAGAAAUGAAAGUGUGACAUCACAGCAGACAUCACAUAGCUUCCAUAUGCUGAGGAGUGGUGCCCACUACAGGGUGGUGGUGAUCAGUAUGAAGAACGGUGUGUCCUCCAAACAGAGAGUGUCUGAGGGAUGCACAGUGCCUGCAGCGGUGGGUGGAGUCUCGGUCAGUAACAACGGUCGGACGGAUUUCCUCAGUGUGUGGUGGAGACCUGCCCAGGGGGACUUCGACAAGUACACAGUCACACUCAGUCAUCAUGGCAACAUCAUACACACACAUAUUGUACCUAAGUCCAGCUCUGAGUGUGUGUUCAACUCACUGACGUCUGGCCGCCUGUACAACAUCAGCGUCAACACACACAGUGGGGUGUACACUAACCGCACAAUGGUGCAGGAGAGAACACAGCCAUCUCCCGUGCUGACUCCGUGUGUUACACACAUGGCACGUGAUGACUCUUUGAGGGUGUACUGGCGACAUCCUACUGGAGAUUUUGACUUUUACCAGAUUGUCGUUAAACACAACAACAUGAUCCAACACAACACCACAGUCACACAGUACCAGGAUGAGUGUGUGUUCACUGACCUUGUCCCGGGACGACUGUACACCGUCAUCAUCAUCACUUGGAGCGGCAAGUACGAAGCCAGUGUGUCUACCCAUGGGAGAACACUCCCAGGUGGUGUGCGCAACCUGACAUUGUUGUCUCAGGGGACACAGGAGCUGGGCGUGGCGUGGGCACCAGCUAUUGGUGAUGUGGAUCAUUAUGAGGUUCAGAUUGUGUUUAAUGAUAUGAAGGUGUUUCACCCCAUCACUCUGAGCAGCAGUACGACUCAGCAUGUCCUCUCACUACUCACGCCUGGACGCCUCUACAAGAUCAUCGUGUCCACCUUCAGCGGUCCCAAUCUCAGUACACGCUUCAUUGAAGGGAGGACAGUCCCGAGUAAAGUGAAGAACAUCCAUGUCAGUAAUGUAGAGGAGACAUCAGGUCUGCGUGUGAGCUGGACUCCAUCUCAGGGUGACGUGGACAGUUACUGUGUGUAUCUGAUUGGUCCAGGCAGAGUCAUGGAGAAAUGCCCCACCCCCAAACACAUAAAUGAGAUUACCUUUAGCUCAUUACAGCCUGGAGAACAAUACAGCAUUCAAGUGCAGACAGUCAGUGGGAAUUUACACAACAACAACACUGUCACUGCACGUACAGUGCCUUCCCCAGUGGUGUCAGUGCAUGUGGACAGUGGUGUGAGUCUCAGCAGUGUGAUUGUGAGGUGGCGUAUGGGGCAAGGUGUGUGUGAUGGGUUCAAUGUGUUGCUGCAGGAUGAGAGAAGGUUGGUAUUGAGGAAUGUCACACUACCACCUGUCUCACUGCAGCACGAGUUCACACAGCUCACCCCAGGCAGGAAGUACCACAUCCUAAUACACUCACUGAGUGGGGGGAUACAGAGCAGAGUGUCCAUCACAUACACACGCACACUCCCAGCUCCAGUCGCCGGUCUGUCCAUCCUGAACUGCUCCUCCUCAUCCCUGUCUCUUGGCUGGUCUCGGCCUAUGGGGGACUUUGACAGCUUUGUGGUUUACCUGUACGGAAAUGACAGCUCUCCGCAGUGCAGUGGAGGAACGAAUAUGAUGAGCUGCUCCUUCUCUCACCUGAGACCUGGAACUGAGUACAGAGCCAUAGUUCUGACAAAGAGCGCAGAACUCAGCAACAAAAACAUCAUCCAUGUCCGCACAGUGCCAGCAGCCGUGUCCUCAGUGUGUGUGGAGAGCAAGAACAGGACAGACACUCUGCUUGUGAGCUGGAAACCUGCUGCAGGUGAAGUAAGCGGAUACACAGUCAGCCUGUAUGACUCGAAUCAAUCCCAGCAUGCCAAGCAACAGCUGAGCUCUGACAUCACACAGCUGGAGUUCCAUGGCCUCGUACCUGGACGUCUCUACUUUGCCAACAUCACCACACACAGCGCUAACCUCUCCAACAUGGCUACCUCAAUCGGCAGGACUGCUCCAAAGCCACCAUCAUUGUUCUCUUCUGGGGGUGUGAACAACACGUCAGUGGAGGUGAAGUGGGCGUUGCCAGAUGGAUCUGAUUAUGAUGACUUUGACCUGCAGUGGUCUCCAGGAGAUGCCCUCUCAGUGAUUAACCCCUAUCAGAGCACCACAUCAGGCAGCCGCCUUCUGAAGGGCCUGUACCCCGGACGACUGUACACACUCAGCCUCCGCACCAUCAGUCGUGCAGGAGGACACGCUGCAUACAGCCAACAUGUCUACAUACACAUCCGCACCAAGCCUCAGCGGAUCUCCAGUCUACACUGUCGGCCGUUGAACUCGUCUGCAGUUUUGUGUUCGUGGAGCCCUCCACAGGCUGAUUUUGACCUGUACAAGGUGGAUUGUUUCCGUCAGGACUCGGGUGUGUUGGUGAACUCCAGCCGAACACCACGCAACUCCACACUGUACCACAUCACCAACCUGGAACCUCACAAACGCUACAGAAUCUCCAUUCAAGUCAUCUCCGACACCAUGGCCAGCGACGCAGCUGAGCAGGGCACUAUCACCAUGAUUGACCGCCCCCCACUGCCCCCCCUCACCAGCCGGGUCAGUAAGAGCACCGCCCACAUCACUAAGUCGUCCAUCUUCUUCCGUUUCAACUGCAGCUGGUUCAGUGAUGCUAACGGAGCAAUCCAGUACUUCAGCAUCAUUGUAACAGAGUCUGACAAGAGUGAGGAUGUUCAGCCUGAACAGCGCUACCCACUGCCCUCGUACAGAGAUUACAUUAAUAACACAUCAGUGAAGGUGUAUCAGACAGGAUAUUUCCCCAGCAGUUGUGACAAUGUACUCGGGGACUCUACACACACUUUCAACAUCACACUGGGUUCAGGCAUGGAUACUCUCGGAGGGAAGUGUGAACACACACCCAUACACACACUCAGCACAGACACAGAGCAUGGUGUGUACUGUGAUGGCCCUCUGAAACCCAACACUGCCUACAGAUUAAGUGUGCGAGCAUUCACACAGCUGGUUACAUCUCCUCUCUAUAGAGAUACGUUUUUCUCGCUGCCUUUAGUCACAGACCCAGAGCCUCUAGGGGGUGUGAUUGAGGGAGUAAGUGCAGGACUCUUCCUCAUCAUCUCAGUGGUGGGAAUCAUCAUCAUUCUCAUCUGUAGGCACAAAACACACAAAGUUGUACAGGAGCCAAUGGUGAGGAUGAAUGUCAGGAGAGAAAGAACGAUGUCAAUCUCAAGAAUCAGAGGGAAUCGACGCAUUUCAAGUCCGAUUAACAUUUUAACCUUCGAAGUUCAUCUCAAUAAACUGCAGGCCGACUCCAACUACCUGCUGUCUCAGGAAUACGAGGAUCUGAAGGAAGUGGGUCGGAAUCAGCCUCUGGACACGGCGUUACUGCUGGAAAACCGAGGAAAAAACCGAUACAAUAACAUCCUACCCUAUGAUUCAACUCGUGUGAAACUGUCCUGUGUGGAUGAUGAUCCGAGUUCAGACUACAUCAAUGCCAGCUACAUUCCUGGCAGUCAUUUUAGGCGUGAGUACAUCGCCACACAGGGACCACUUCCUGGGACUAAAGAUGAUUUCUGGAAAAUGGUUUGGGAGCAGAAUGUCCAUAACGUUGUCAUGUUGACGCAAUGUGUGGAAAAAGGACGGGUGAAAUGCGACCACUACUGGCCAUUUGAUCAGGACCCACUGUAUUAUGGAGAUCUGAUUGUGCGGAUGCAGUCCGAGUCAGUUCUACCUGAGUGGACCAUCCGAGAGUUUAAGAUCUGCAGUGAGGAUCAGCUGAAUUACUCUAGAACUGUCCGACAGUUCCACUAUACUGUGUGGCCUGAUCAUGGAGUUCCUGAAUGUACUCAGUCUCUAGUGCAGUUUGUUCGCACUGUGAGAGAUUACAUCAACAGAACCCCGGGUUCUGGACCUUCUGUCAUCCACUGCAGUGCUGGAGUAGGCCGUACCGGAACCUUUAUUGUCCUGGACCGGGUUCUGCAGCAGCUAAACACUAAAGACACAGUGGACGUUUAUGGUGCUGUGUUUGACCUGAGACUGCAUCGAUCACACAUGGUGCAGACUGAGAGUCAGUACAUGUACCUGCACCAGUGUGUACGUGAUGUUCUUCGUGCGAGAAUGUUACGUAGUAAGCAGGAGAACCCACAGUAUCCUGUCUAUGAGAACGUGGCUCCGGAGAACCACUGGGACAGAGCACACAUGCGGCGUUAAACAAAACUGCAUGGGGCGGAAAGAAGACUUCUCUUUCGGAGCACUGAAUUCUGAAUGAAAUGUAUAUUAACUUUAUUUUUAUAUAGCAUGUGUAAGUAUGUUAGAAACACUGUGUAUACUGUUUAUAAAUCUCGUACUUAAGCUACUGUACAGGACCAAGUGAAUGUUAACAAAGACUUAUUGCAGCAUUUUUAUUGUAAGGUUCAUUUUUGUAAAAAAAAAAAAAUGAUUUUUAGAAAUUUUAGAAAUUUGGUUUGCCAUCUCCACAGUGUCACAGGUGAUUAGCGUUAAGCUAUUCAUAGAGUGAAUACACACACAUUUAUAUAUAUAUAUAUACACUAUAUUGCCAAAAGUAUUCGCUCACCCAUCCAAAUAAUCAGAAUCAGGUGUUCCAAUCACUUCCAUGGCCACAGGUGUAUAAAAUCAAGCACCUAGGCAUGCAGACUGUUUUUACAAACAUUUGUGAAAGAAUGGGUCGCUCUCAGGAGCUCAGUGAAUUCCAGCGUGGAACUGUGAUAGGAUGCCACCUGUACAACAAAUCCAGUCGUGAAAUUUCUUCGCUCCUAAAUAUUCUAAUUAUAAUUAUAUUAUUCUAAUAAUAACUGUCAGCUGUAUUAUAAGAACGUGGAAGUGUUUGGGAACGACAGCAACUCAGCCACAAAGUGGUAGGCCACGUAAACUGAUGGAGCGGGGUCAGCGGAUGCUGAGGCACAUAGUGCGAAGAGGUCGCCAACUUUCUGCAGAGUCAAUCGUUACAGACCUCCAAACUUCAUGUGGCCUUCAGAUUAGCUCAAGAACAGUGCGCAGUGAGCUUCAUGGAAUGGGUUUCCAUGGCCGAGCAGCUGCAUCCAAGCCAUACAUCACCAAGUGCAAUGCAAAGCGUCGGAUGCAGUGGUGUAAAGCACGCCGCCACUGAACUCUAGAGCAGUGGAGACGCAUUCUCUGGAGUGACGAAUCGCGCUUCUCCAUCUGGCAAUCUGAUGGACGAGUCUGGGUUUGGCGGUUGCCAGGAGAACGGUACUUGUCUGACUGCAUUGUGCCAAGUGUAAAGUUUGGUGGAGGGGGGAUUAUGGUGUGGGGUUGUUUUUCAGGAGCUGGGCUUGGCCCCUUAGUUCCAGUGAAAGGAACUCUGAAUGCUUCAGCAUACCAAGACAUUUUGGACAAUUCCAUGCUCCCAACUUUGUGGGAACAGUUUGGAGCUGGCCCCUUCCUCUUCCAACAUGACUGUGCACCAGUGACCAAAGCAAGGUCCAUAAAGACAUGGAUGACAGAGUCUGGUGUGGUUGAACUUGACUGGCCUACACAGAGUCCUGACCUCAACCCGACAGAACACCUUUGGGAUGAAUUAGAGCGGAGACUGAGAGCCAGACCUUCUCGUCCAACAUCAGUGUGUGACCUCACAAAUGUGCUUCUGGAAGAAUGGUCAAAAAUUCCCAUAAACACACUCCUAAACCUUGUGGACAGCCUUCCCAGAAGAGUUGAAGCUGUUAUAGCUGCAAAGGGUGGACCGACGUCAUAUUGAACCCUGUGGAUUAGGAAUGGGAUGUCACUUAAGUUCAUAUGCGAGUCAAGGCAGGUGAGCGAAUACUUUUGACAAUAUAGUGUAUAUAUAUAUAUAUAUAUAUAUAUAUAUAUAUAUAUAUAGCGAGAGAGAGAGAGAGAGAGAGAGAGAGAAUAAAGUUUAUACUUCAGCUCUGUUUCUGAACAUGUGAAAAAUUGUGGAUCGCAAAAGUCAGAGAGUGUUUCAAUGGAACUAAAAGUAAAAACACGUAAACAACAACAAAAAAGAACCUUGAGAGAAUUUCUUUAUGAUCCCUGUCAGGAGGUGCUAGAGUACAAACAUGUACAAACAAAUCGAACAAAACCGUUAAGGCCAGAGACAACAAAAGCUUGAUGGUGAAACUACGGUGGCCGAGAAGUACAAAACGAAAUAAUCAGAAAAGACAACAACAAUUCAGACAAACCGGAAAAGGUUUACGAAUGGAAUCCUUACUGCUGAUUGGACGAGACAUCUGUCACUCAAGAUCUACAGGAAGCGCAGCAGUGGAUUAGUGUGUGUAUGAAAGCAGCUCUGUUGCAUAACUGUUGGUGCUGAUUCAGUAGAAGGAGACAGGUGAGAGUGAUCCGGUAAAAUGGUGCAGUUGAAUGACAAUCCCUAACUUGUGAUUAUUACACCUCAGUGACGCAGGUCCACGGAGAUUUAGUUCUUGGUUUUGAAUAAUUUGCUGGGGGUUUCUUCGUCUGUUGCCAUGCAAACAAUACACUUUUCUUCUUUUUUAUCAAUAAUUUCUGUGCUAUUUUUGAUUUAUUUUUCACUUUCCUUUCUGUUGCAUUUUUAUUAUUAUUUUUUUUAAAGAAUUCUUUUGUUUUGGUCUGAAAACAACCAGUGGAAGCAAGUCUUCAUCUAAGGUACUUUAUAAACACUGACAGCAAACCAUCAGCAUGUCCAGUGUGUAAGCUGCAUGAUGUUUGGUAAUUCUUCCUCCAUCAUUAGUAGUGGUUGUUAUGUGUAUAUUAGUGAGUUCUCUGACAGAGGAGAUUGUAGCAUUAGAAGUCUAGAUGCUAGCCAGGGUUAGUGAGAGUGAGAACAGUGGAGUUCCUAUAGGGGAAAGUCUGGAUGCCUUCGGCAAAGUGAAUGGGUGAUGACAAAGCUAACGCUAAGGCUCACCUGCUGAGAAACCUGAAAGGGCUCUGGUUAUAGGAGACUCUAUCUUAAGGCAUGUGAAAGUAAAUAUAGCUUUAUAGGCUUCAUACACUGGCUAGGUGUAUACCAAGAGCCAAGCAAAGGACAGAGCAGGUCAUCUUAUAGUCCUAGGCAAGAACAGGUUCUCAAAGUUUUUCUCUUAGAAGCUAAUGAUAUGCGAUAUUUUCCUCCUAUAUACAAACCCUCCUAAUAUUAAACACGAUUUGUAAAUCUUGCAUUCUAAUGAACAUCAACCCAAACCCCUGAUACUGACUUCUGAAUAUAAGCAAAACAUUAAAUUCAGUUGUAUUAUUUACAGUGUAUGAAUUAUUAACUGUUCUGCAGAAUAAAUUGAAUGAAAUUA